AUGCUUCCAGGGCCUGGAGACUUUUACAUAAAGCGGCCCAAUCUGAUGGAGACCGGGAGCGUGAACAUGGUAUCCUUUGUCUCCCGGGAGCUCGAGGUUUGCGAAACCCUGAAACGGCACACGCACCCGAACGUGGCGACUCCAGGGAUGCUUAACUCGCGCUUCCUGAACAAGUCUGAGUUCUUAAUAACGAAAGAUCUCGCAGUCGCGAGGCAGCUGGUCGCCGAGCAAUAUCUCACCGGAAUCAAGGCGGGCGUACGGCGUCUGCACGCUCACGGCAUUGUGCGCCAUAAUAUGAACCCAGCAAAUGUUGCGAUUACAGAGAAUGAUGUACUGGUAGUUAUCGACUUUGACAGUUCUCCACCACCGGGGACUGCGCUGGGUGAGAUCAAACGGACGCCUGGGUGGUCUGAUAGAAGGAAUACGGUGGCACAGACGAACAAUGACCUGAAGGCACUUCGCUAG